AUGACGAUGGUCAUUGAGAAUCAGAACCGCCAAUACGGCGGUAUGGGCUUCGAUCACGUCUACCAGAGCAACAUGCACCACCAGAACCACUCGCCGCAGUUCACCGAUCCAUGGGCGCAUACCUCCUCCCACUCGAACCCUCCGGUCUACUCGACCACGUCCAUGGGCAGCAAUCAGUUGGGGUUGAACCCCGUCAAGCACGACGACGUGACCCGGCCCGCCGCCAUCUCUCUGCCGUACUCCAGCAUCCCCGUUUCUGCGCCCUCGCUGGUGACCGGGAACAACUACUCGACGGCCGGUUAUGGAGGAUCGGAGAUGUUGAACAUGCAGCACGAAAUGCCUCGAUCGACGUUUGAGCAGCAGCCAACGCCGUCGUACACGACCGCAGCCCCUAUCACCGCGUUCACCCCCGCCAACUACCCGUCCAUGAACUACACGCAGUCUCUUCAUCAUCAGCAAUCACAUCAGGAUAGAACAAGGCUAGCUCACCCGAGCGAACCUCGUGUCACUCAACCCUCGACCCAGCAGACGGCCACAUAUGGGGACGCCAUUGACGCCAGUCGCGGAAUGGUUGCUUUGAGCCAGGAUCUGACGCCUCGAAAUAUCUAUGCGCCGCGUACCGCGAGGAGUUCGGCCGAGUCUUACGGUUUUCCUUCCACCCACUCGUCGAUUUCGUCCAUCUCCUCUGCGGGCAAUUACCCUUACUACAGCGCGUCUGUCGCAUCUGUCGACUCGUCUGUUACCGACUACAGCUCCACGACCUCGGAAUCUUUCGACCAGCUGCCAUCGCGAACCUUGCCACGACCCACUGGUCUCAUGGCUGGAAGCGCUCCACCCGGACCCCAGUCGAUGAUGAGCCAGUUCAGCUCGAAGAUGCCAUCUAACACGCAGAAAAAGCAUAAAUGCAAGGUGUGCGACAAACGUUUUACGCGUCCGUCGUCCUUGCAGACACACAUGUACAGCCAUACUGGCGAGAAACCCUUUGCAUGUGAUGUCGAAGGUUGUGGCCGGCAUUUCUCCGUGGUUUCCAACCUCCGUCGACACAAGAAAGUCCACAAGGGCGAGAAAGAGAAUAAUGGAUCCGGUGAAGAGGAAGAAUAA